UCCGCCCGGCUCGGCUGCCACGUCUCGGCCGGCGGCGGCGAUGGGCGGGCGGGCGCUGUGCUGGCUGCUCUGGCUGCUGCAGGCGGGCCGGGCCGGGGGCGCCGAGCUCACCUUCGAGCUGCCCGACAGCGCCCGGCAAUGCUUCCACCAGCGGCUGCAGCGCGGCCUCAAGUUCACGCUGGACUUCCAGGUGAUUUCAGGGGGGCAUUACGAUGUGGACUGCUACGUGGAAGAUCCCAAUGGCAAGACCCUUUACAAAGAAGCGAAGAAGCAGUACGACAGCUUUUCCCAUCGAGCCGAAGCCGCAGGCAUCUACACGUUUUGCUUCAGCAACGAGUUCUCCACUUUUUCACACAAAACCGUCUACUUUGACUUUCAAGUUGGAGACGAGCCCCCGAUUCUCCCAGACAUGAGCCACAGGGUCACCGCCUUGACACAGAUGGAAUCUGCUUGUGUCACCAUUCACGAAGCUUUAAAUACAGUGAUCGACUCCCAGACUCAUUACCGGCUGCGGGAGGCUCAGGACCGGAUCCGGGCUGAAGAGCUGAACAACCACGUCUCCUACUGGUCUGUGGGAGAGAGCAUCCUCCUCCUCGUGGUCAGCGUCAGCCAAGUGAUGCUGCUCAAGAGCUUCUUUACGGAGACGAGAGCCACCCCUGGGGCGGUCAGCACCUAGGAAGCCAGAGUCGGUCCUGUGCCAGAGGGUGGGGUGGGGUGGGGUGGGGUGGCGAGGCGGUAUUGGGGGAGCUCAUGGGUCACACAGUGGAGUGCUGCCGAGGGACUGUGAGUGGGGCCGGCCCGGCUCACCUGGACAGGGAGUAGACAGGGAUUCACGGGACAGUCACCUAAGCAGCGGUUCUAAUGGAGUGAAAGCUGUUAAUAGCCAACACCCUCUCUCUGGCUGCCUCAGAGGGGCCCCGGGAAGCAAUGGGUGUGCAAGGGUUGGGGCUCUCUGUGCAGCUGAGCUGUGACUUAGGACAGGGAGCAUUAGCACCGGUGUCACUGUAAUUCGUUGCAUUGGUUUGACUCUCAUUUGUAACCCUGUUGCAUCUUCACUGCGAGGUGUAACCACAACAUGCAGCCGGAAUAUCUACCCCCGAGCCACUUAGGGCCACCUGCUCCCAGCACAGAGCAGAGUCCCAGGCCAGCGUGGGGGAGUGUGUCACAAAGGGGCACCAGACGUGCCCUGGUGUACAGACAGCCUGAACUGCAGUAGUUCACUGAGCUGCAAACCGGGGCCACGACCGAGGUAAGAGUCAGAGCAACCCCACUCACCCCUAUGGUGUGCCCAAACAUCUGCUUAUUGUCAGGAAGCCCCCUCAGCCCAGGGUCGCCAGAGUGCCAGGAACUUGCCCAUAGCACACUACGUGAGCUGUGGCUCCUGCUGCUAACCGGAGAGGCUAUAAACCUUACUCAUUUUUUUAAUGGAACCUGAAAUUCUCCCAUAAUAACAGGACUCCAGGAGCUGGACUUUACAGAGAAGCACCAAAUUCAGCUCAAUAAAAGUGGCAGAAAUUGGUAA